UGCAUUAUUCAUAGGCAGGGAAAGUGCCUCUCCCCGUCCUGUGAGCUGACAUUUUCUCACUUUGUUAAUGUUAGGGAAGUCAGUGAGGAUUGGGAACCCGGGACCUGUGAUCCGGCCGGGCACCAGAGCGGGGACUGGACGCCUGUAAACCUUCGUUUAUCUCCCGGAGACCGAUUCAGGUCAGAGAGCUGACAGGAACUAUCCAGCCGUGACGUCACAAUGCUCCUGCACUUUAUUGGAACUUUCAGCCUCGCAACGUUGUAAAUCCUUUUCUUACAGUCAUCGUAACUGGCCCCGAUCUGUUCCUAUUUAUCCAUUUGGGAAACUCAUCUGGGGUGUUACUUUUGGCUGCUGAACCUGAAGUUCGCGAACUCCGCAGAGUUUGUUGUCAUUGGUUCUGCCAGGAUGAACCAGAAUCCAGGUCUCCCACCACCGGGACAGCAAGUGAUCCAUGUCACCCAGGACCUGGACACGGACUUAGAGAAUCUCUUCAACUCUGUGAUGAACCCGAAACCCAACUCUUGGAGGAAGAAGAUCCUUCCAGAGUCCUUUUUCAAAGAGCCAGACUCGGGCUCCCACUCCAGGCAAUCUAGCACAGACUCUGGAAGCCACCCUCCCAGGCUGGGGAUACAGCACGUCCGAUCCCAUUCGUCUCCUGCUUCCCUACAGCUGGGUGCCGGGACCGGGACCGUUCCAAGCCCAAGUCAGCAGCACGCUCACCUCCGCCAGCAGUCCUAUGAUGUGACGGAUGAGCUGCCUCUGCCACCCGGCUGGGAGAUGGCAUAUACCCACACGGGACAGAGAUAUUUCCUGAAUCACAUGGAGAAAAUUACAACAUGGCAAGACCCCCGGAAGACAAUGACGCAGCCAAUGACCCAUAUGAGCCACCUUCCUGUUACCACUUCCACCCCAAUAAGCCAAAGAUCACUGGCGAUGUCACAACCCAACCUUGUAAUGAAUCAUCAGCAUCAGCAACAGCAGAUGACUUCCAGCCCAGCCAUAUCCCAACAGACCCACCCUUCCCAGAGUCAUCAAGCUUCCUUGAUCAAUUUGCCCAAUGCGCUCACUAACCAACAGCAGCAGCAACAGAAACUCAGGCUCCAGAGAAUCCAGAUGGAGCGAGAACGAAUCAGAAUGCGGCAAGAGGAGCUGAUGAGACAGGUGAUUGCAAACACGGAAGCUGCGUUAUGCCGACAACUUCCUAUGGAGUCAGAAAGCAUUGGCCCCGUUCAAAGCACAGUGAGCCCCCCUGCCAUGAACCAGGAGAUAAGAUCUAUAACAAAUAACGGAUCUGACCCUUUCCUCAAUAGUGGGCCAUACCACUCACGAGAACAAAGCACGGACAGUGGCCUCGGCCUGGGAUGUUAUAGCAUCUCCACAACACCUGAAGAUUUUCUCAGUAAUAUGGAAGAAAUGGACACAGGUGAAAUUCUCGGCCAGCCAGCCCUUAACCUGAACCCACAAACACGUUUUCCUGACUUUCUUGAUGCUCUUCCGGGGACGAAUGUAGACCUGGGGACACUGGAGUCUGAAGAUCUGAUUCCAAGUCUCAAUGAUGUGGAAUGUGUGCUGAACAAAAAUGAGACCUACCUCACCUGGCUGUAGAUGUUGAUGCUCAGGCUGCCCCUUUUCCUUUCCAACAACCUUGCUUUAAUUGCUUUUUCUCAUGUGGAAAUAUGCGAAGAGCCUCAGAAAGAGUUUGUCAUAGACAAGCUGCCAUAUUGACUCGAGCUGUAUUAAGAUAGCUAAACUGAUCAUUUUCUGAAUCAUAUAUAUUGGUUUAUUAGUGUGUAUAUUUUUCUAUUUGAUUCAUGACCACUUUGCCAAGUCUUUGAUUACAUAGAGUUAACGGUGGCACACAGGGCCACGUUUGCAUGUUACACUUCUGUAUUCAGAUCUAUAAAUGGUUUUAGUUUUUAAGAAGGUUAUAAGUUACAAGAAGUGAAUCAAAUACAACCUGUCCAGUAUAUGUACACUUUAUUUAUAACUAUAAGGCUUAAAGCAUUUUAACCUUUUUAAUAUAAGCUUUAAAUAAAAUCAUUGUAAUAUUAGAAAAUUUGUGCUGGAAAUAGAAUAACAAGUAGUUUUGAAACCAAGCUACCUUUUUAAAAUCUUUUUUCCAUUGACUUUAUUUUUGCAGAAGCACAAACAUUAUGUUUAGAGUUGUUUUUCAGUAUAUUACUGUAUAGCUUUUAGAUAAAAAAAAAAAAAAAAUAUAUAUAUAUAUAUAUACUUCCAGUUUGAAAGUAGCAGUAUGUUCAGUAACCGCUAAACACUACAGCAUUGACCAGUUUGGUACUAACUACCACUUUUUUUUUUCUUUUUUUUUUACAAUGUGAUUACAAUUUUUUUACUGUUGUUUUUAAUGCAUAUUAGAUUUUAUUGUUUAUUUUAUUAAGCACUAUUGUUUUUUAACUAAUUGAAGCUGAUGAAGUCAGUUUUUUUUAUAACAUAAUGUAACGCUAUCUCUGACACUAUCAAAGGGAGUAUUUUGAAUACAAAAUUAAAUAGUGACACAUGUGGGUUACUGAGAGCAGAAAACAAUUGGAGGGUAAUUAGGGGAAAUAUAAUCAGUUUAUAUAUGAUUAUAUAUAUAUAUAUAUGUGUGUGUAUAUAUAUAUAUAUAUAUCUGAACCCACUUUACAUAUUUGUAUUCCUUAUGAUUCUUUUAAAGGUAAGAAAAAUAUAUACUGUAUUUUCUGACCUGCCCUUCCAACAAUGAUAUGUUAAUCAUUAGCCACAGUUGGAGUGCAGCACGUGGUAUAUUACAUUGGAGAUGUGGGACUGAAUAAGCAUUGAGAGCACCAGUUAGACAGCUUUAGUCACAAAUGCAGAUGACGUCCUAAGAAUCCAUAAAUAUUUUUUAAUAAAUAUAAUAUUUAUAUAAAAAGACUAAGCUUUAUUAUUUGUAACUUUUUUGAGUAAAUGGAUUUUUAAAAGGCAUUAUUGAACCAAGUCUCUUGCUGUUUAAUCCACAAGAGAUAUUCUUUGCACUUACUGUGGGUGUACGGCCUUGGAAUUGCAGUACACCACUUUAUUUGGCAGGAUAGACCUUCUGUUUUAUUUGGGCAGAUGAAGAAUGACAUAAAUUCUAGAAGUGCAAUGGCUGGAAUCUAAUGGGCUUGGUGACAUGGGUACUGAAAGACUGGAUAUUCAUGGAGAAAUAAAAUGACCAUUUACAGUUGCUGGUACUGUACAUUUUUAUAUAAUAGUUAACCAAACUAUAGUCAAUAUACAAAUUGUGUGUAGCAUUACAUUACUAGCAAGUUUAAGUUGAGACAUGGUGAAGUAAUUAAAAUGUGCAUUUUAUCCACAUAGAGUACUUUAGAGACUUUUUGCGGGCUGAGAAAAUAAACUCUGAAAUACAGCAUAUCAAUUGAUGGAAAACUAGAGACAACACUGGGCCAGAUGUGGGGAUGGACACAUUUUACGGCAAAAACGCAAAAAAAAGUAAAAUCAGCCAAAGAAAGAUGCAUUUUGCUCAAUAUAAUGUAAAGUAACCUUACAGUACACAAUAGAAUUACUGUAAAUACCUUCCAACUGUCCCAAUUUGAGGACUCUGUUCUGAUCGGGACAGCUUAGCCCCCAUUUGGCCAGAAGGUAGUGAGGAAUGUCAUAGCAGGUGAAUGGGUGGAUAGAGCACAUGCCAUGAUGUGCGCAGAAUUCAAAAGAUACAUUGAUGGGAGAUCAGGACAAGGACCUGUCCAACAUGGCAGAAAUUCUGACCACUCCUUAUUUUACUGUAAGAGGCGGAAGCAUGCACUUGUUCCGUGUCUGGAACCUAAAGGUUGGGAGGAUUGUUUCAAUGGAAUGUCAUAUGCUUAAGUCUGUCUGGAUACUGUGUCUGGAUACUUAUUAAUACAUACAAAAGUCACAUUUAAAUUGUUAAAUACAAUUAAAUAUAGACUGACAUUCUAAAUAAAAGUUCCACUUAAGCUUAAAUAAUACAAACCUCCAUUGUCUCCUAGUUUAUAAGUCAAAUGGGAAAAAACAUGUAUACAUCCUCAGGCUCACUGCAUCAUGUUACUAGAUCACUGUCAGUUGAUAGGCUAUGUUCCCGUGAAUCGAAGUUUAACCCAGAAAAUGCCUGCCUCCAUUGUAGGUAGUACCCUCGCCGACACAGUACCAGUGGGGAUGGUUUGGAGCGUAAUGGGUGUAUGUAUGGGAGAAAUAGGUGUGACCUAGGAGAGUCCGGGGUGUAUCCACUUUUGUCCCAAUCUGUCCUUAAAUGGUAGGGGCUAUACUUUAGGCAAUGGACACACUUUAAUUCCUACGGUAUGGGCAAUCUCUCUAUUGUUAGCAUCACAAUUUAACACAAUGUAUGUGAUUUAAGUACCAAAGCAGUGUUUCAAAGUAUGCUGGUAAUUGUUUGUAGGUGAAUAAACUUACUGUCAUUUAUCACAAGUAGAUUGCAGAAUUAAUUGCUAAAUAAUAAAGUGUUAAUUGAGAUUAGGAAGUACAGUAGUUGGAACAGUUGCUUAUGGAAAGUGGGGUGUAGCCAUAAACUAACGGAGGUAAUGAUGUUCUGAAUUGUAGUGCCACCUAGACUGACUCAGUCAUCGAUGAAAUAAGCCUUGUUUAUGAAAUAUUUGCUACUCCAUUUUGUAACUUAUGCCUUUAUAACGUUAUUUUAGUUACUGCCAGGAGUUAAUGUUUUUACAGCAUGUUGCAUGGAUUUUAAGCAGUACAGAUUUUGGAGGUUGAAAUUGAUAGGAAAGUUACUGAGGUCUAUACCAAUGAAUUACAAGGGAGCUGAAGCAUUUAUAGUCGUGCAAUACGAGAUGUCCUUAAAUAAGUCUGAGAUCAUUUACAGUAUGCUUGGUUCAAGCUCAAAGGCAGUCUGGUACAUUUCCUGCUGUACACCAAUAGCGUGAAGGACAGUUCUACCUUGGCAACCAACAGAACAACAUAAAAGUCAAAUAGCAACUAAGGAGAUACCACACUGCAUUAAAGAAGUGAAUGAGAAAAAACAAUUGUUAUGACUUUACUGCUUUCCUAUGUUAUACAAGGCCAGCAGAAAUCUGUGUAACAAAUCAUUAUUGUGUAUCUAUGAAAUAUACAUCUGUCUGUUUGGAAUUUGCAGUGUUUUUUCUUUUUUUUUGGUGUACUAUUGGCUCAAUUUGGUCCAAGCCCAUACCAGAUCUUAACAUGUGUGGCAAGCCUUACCAAGAACCAAUUAAUGCAAUAAUCACAAAUACAACAAUGCUUGGACAUUGGAAGCUCUCGUAUCCUUUGGGUGGGUCCUGGAUGCCUUGGGCCCAUUCCCCCUAAAUCAACACCUGCUUCAUACAUAAUGGGUGGCAGGGUGGCAUUUUCUAUUCUUGGGAAUACGGACUUGGCAAAACACCACACUCCUCAGGGGUGGAUUAGGGGUCAGGCCACCCCUAGGCACAUUACUAGCCACCACCCCAUCACAUCACUGCCCCCCUUUAUUUCGGGGCCAGUCCAGAUACCUCAAGACCACCAAAGCAGCACCAACCUAACCCCUACUUCCUUCCGGGCAACAAAUUUGCUGUAUAUUUUCCCACUUGGUGUGCCGCCCCUAGCCGCAUGCCUCACAUGCCUAGUGGGAAAUCCACCACUCACACUGCCAUUGCUAACAUGGAAAAAAGUUGCCGGCAAAAAAAAAAAAAAAAUAGUUGCUGGUACCAGCCAAUGCUCCAAGGUGACAAUUAAAACACUGUACAGGUCCGGCGCAUGCGCAAAGUACCGAACAUGGGGCAUGCGCUACACUUGCGUCAGGACCCAGGCCCAUUGUACGUCCCUCUCUCUUUAUGCUCACUUAAAACACAGGCCAAAGCUAGUGGUAUAGAGGGUGAUAUAAAUAGAAUAUAUAUGCAUAUUUACUUAAAAAUGAUCAUUGGUUAUAGAGUCAGGUGCAUAAAGGGGGAGUACAAGGAUCUGUAUUUUUCACAGCACAGGCCCUGUGUAUGGAACAUACUGUACUUUGUUUUUCAUAUAGUGAGUAAAUAUACAGACAUCCCAACUACAGGGUGCAUGGAAUAUAGUAUCCAGUUGUGUUACUUUUUUCACACUUUUUUGUUAUAGACCAUAUUUAAAAUACAGUAAAUUGAUAUACUGUAACACUAUCUAACUGUUAGAUCAUGCAAAAUGCAGCCUGCCAGGCCAAUUGGAAUUCAAUUCAUUGAUAUUGGUCAUUAUUUCAGUUGUGAAUAAUUUACCUUUUAAUUUGUUAAAAUCUUUUUUCAAGAUAAUCAUGUACAGAGUACUGUCUAAUCAAAUAGUGAAGAGGACAAAAAGUUCCUUAAAAUACAAACACGGAUAUGCAGAUUUUACCAAACACAUGUUAAGAUCUGAUAACUUGGUAAUUAAAUGGGGCAAUGCAUUGCAUCUCUUAUUCUCAUUAAACACUUUUGGUUUUCUUUACUGCACUUCAAUCUAUAAUGGAACUGAUGGACACUAAAAUGUUGUUAUUGAUAAUCACCCUAAAAUUGGUGUUUCAAUACAAAUCACAUUGGGGGAUAUGUACUAAGCCUUGGAAGGUGAUAAACUGGAGAGAGAUCAUGGGGCAGAUGUAUUAAGCCUGGAGAAAUGAUAAAUCAGUGAUAAGUGCAAGGUGAUAACAUACCAGCCAAUCAGCUCCAAUAUGUAAAUUUACAGUUAGGAGCUGAUUGGUUGGUGCAUUAUCACCAUGCACUUAUCACUGCUUUAUCACUUCUCCAGGCUUAAUACAUCUGCCCCAAUGUACCAGCCAAUCGGCUCAUAACUGCCAUGUUACAGACUGUGGGGCAGAUGUAUUAACCUGGAGAAGGCAUAAGGAAGUUAUAAACCAGUGAUAUGUGCAAGGUGAUAAAGGCAGCAGCCAAUCAGAUCCUAACUGUUAAUUUACAUAUUGGAGGUGAUUGGCUGGUGUGUUUAUCACCUUGCACAUAUCACUGGUUUAUCACUUCCUUAUGCCUUCUCCAGGUUAAUACAUCUGCCCCUGUGUUUGAAUAAUGACAGUUAGGAGAAGAUUAGUUGGUACUUUAUGUUUCUCCACUUUAUCACACUCUCCAAAGCUUGAUGGUUUGUUCCAUACUUCCAUUAUGUGUUAUCAGACUCUUGUAGCUGAACACCUGGGCACAUCUAGGGGUUUAUUUAAUAGCAUAAUGCGAUGUGUGCUAUAGUCCUACUCCCCCAUUCUACCAAUCAAAUGAUAGGUUUCAUCUGUACCAGAAAAGUGACAUCUAUAUGGUGAUUGGUUACCAGGGUUAUAUCAGAUUAAGCACAUUGUAUUAUGUCUUUAAAUAAGUACUUGAACAUGAAUAUAUAUUAAAAGAACACUAUGGCCGCCAUUUUACAGCUCUAUGCUGAUUGGCACUACAUCAAAGCAGUUCAAUGCAGUGUUAUUUACAUAUUUUGAUAUGACUACAUUAAAUAGCGUAUUUUUCUGUAAGUUAAUUUCAGGCACUACAAUUAAUAAUGCAAAAAAUUUAAUAUGCUCCAUCUUUUUAUGUACUUUAUAAUCAAAGUGAUUGUUUUGUUUGUCUGAGUGUUCUGCAUAUGAACAUAUGUUGACUAUGAAGCUAGGGCCACAUGGACAGAACAAAUACCCAUAGUAUUUCCUUUUGUUUGUUUAUACCAUCUUAUUGAUGUGAAUAGCCGACUCUGCUUUCUUGUUUGGCCAACUAUGCAAUAAACCCUCCAGAAAGUAA